AUGCGGCCAACCGGCGCGCAGAUCGGGGACUCUUUAUAUAUAAAGAGAUCUUACGAAACCGCUGGCACAUUCGGAGUUCGGACUAUAGCUUGUCCAGGGAGUCACCUGUUUCUUCUCUCACCGGUCAACAAGAUGCAGUUCGUUUUGGUAAUUUGUUUAGCUUCGCUCGUGGGAAUACUUGGUGCAACUCCUGCAAUUGAAAGCCAGCCAAAACCUCAAGUCCUGAGCUAUGAAAUGAACACAGCCAACAUGCCUAAUUCAUAUAAUUACCAUUAUAACAAUAGUGACGGUUCAUCGAGAACAGAACAAGGGGAAUUCGUAGAUUCUACAGGUACAGGGGAUGCUUCGCUUAAUGUAGCUGGGGCGGUACGUUGGUACGACGACAAGGGACACCUCUACGAAAUGACCUAUAAAGCGGGAAGAAGAGGCUAUAGAACAAUUAUAAAGAAAUUGUCAUAG